AUGCUCGUUGGAAUUCUAGUUGUUCGUUUUACAACGUCGAGUGAAACUAAGAAAACAUGCGAACCAAUCAUGAACACAGUGAAUGAUAAAUUUGUGAGCCAAGAUUCGCAUCCACAGUUUCUUCUUACAUAUGAUUUUAACAGUGACACUUUGAUGGAUAUUGCCGUUGUCAACUCUGGUACGAACAAUAUUGGAAUCUUCUUUGGAAGACCCAAUGCAACAUUUGCUGAGCAAGUAACUUUUUCAACUGGCGUUGGUUCUCAUCCAUCAUCGAUUGCAGUCGCUGAUCUGAAUAACGAUGGAUAUUUAGAUAUCGUUGUAUCUAAUUAUGCCUCUCAUACUAUUGGUAUUCUCCUUGGCAAUGCGAACGGAACAUUCAGAGAUCAGAUAACGUAUCCAGUUGGAUCAUCUCGUCCGUUAAAAGUAGCACUUGGUGAUCUAAAUAACGAUUCAUUUGUUGAUAUAGUUGUUGUUAAUAAUGGAACAAACAUUAUUGGAAUUCUUUUUGGAUCUGACAAUGCUAUGUUUCAGAGUCAAAUUCAACUGUCAUCCACCUACGAUUCAUUACCCACAUCGGUUAUUGUCGAUGACUUUAACAAUGAUCAUUUUCUUGACAUCCUUAUUGUUAAUUCUGGUCUUCACAAUAUCGAAUUGUACCUCGGUGAUGUGAGUGCAUCAUUCACUAAUCGAAUAGUGACAUCGACAGGAUUAGGAUUUUAUCCGUAUGAAAUCAAUGUUAAAGAUUUCAAUCAUGAUAAUUUUUUAGAUGUUGUUGUUAUCAGUUCAACUUCAAACAACAUUCGUAUUUAUUUUGGAAGUGUAAAUGGAACAUUCAUCGAAGAGAGAACGUAUUCAACUGGUGAUAAUUCGAAGCCAACAGGUGUUACUCUUGGUGAUUUCAAUCAUGAUGAUCGAGUCGAUAUAGUGGUUUGCAAUAGUGGUACCAACAAUAUUGGUGUUUUCCUAGGUUUAGGAAAUGGAACAUUCAUGGAUCAAGUGAUGUUUUCGACUGGUGUAAACUCCAAACCAUCGUCUGUGAUCGGUGGAGACUUCAAUAAAGAUCAACGAUUGGAUAUUGCUGUAGCUAAUUAUGCUACAAACAACAUCGUCGUUCUUCUUGCUUAUUCAAAUGCUACUUUCUCGAAACAAAAGACUUACACAUCUGACUCAGCAUUCCAGCCAAACUCAAUAGGUAUUGGUCAAUUCAAUAAUGACAGUUAUUCUGAUAUUGUGGUCGGUGACAUAGUUAACAGUUUUGUUGGAAUUUUUAUGGGCAACGGUGAUGGGACUUUUUCAAACUUGCGAACUUAUCUCAGUGACAAUGACAUGCAACCGAUUAUAGUUGCUGUAGGCGAUUUUAACAAUGAUGGAUUUGAUGAUAUCGUAAUCGAUAAAUAUGAAGUGUCCGACUCUACUACGUAUGAUGACUAUUCUUAUCAUGAAUCUUCUGCAAUACGAGAAAUUGAAAUUCAUUGUGGAAACAGUAAUGGUGUCUUUUCAUAUUUAAGUACAUUAAAUUUUGAAUUAGGUAUCGGCACCCUCAAGAUUGUUAUUUAUGAUUUGAACAAUGACACUUACCUUGAUAUAGUGAUUGGUACUGUUGACAGCUACUAUAUAUAUGCAUUUUUAGGAGAAGGAAAAGGAAAUUUCACAUCGGCAUUUCGAUCUGGAACUUCUAGUUCUCUCUCUAGAUUCACCGUUGCUGAUUUGAAUCAUGAUGGAAGACCCGAUGUUGCUGUUACGUAUUCAACUUACAUAAACGCUUACGGCGCGAUAGGCGUACUUUUUGGAGAUGGCAGUGGAUCUUUCUUCAAUGAGACACAAUAUUCUACUGGGUACUAUCCUAUAACAACCGGUAUCGCUACUGGCGAUUUUGAUAGUGAUGGUCAUGUUGAUCUUGUUGUAGCCAACCUAUGGAAUCAUAAUAUAGGCAUUUUCUUUGGCUUCGGAAAUGGGUCUUUUCAGGUACAAAGAACUUUCACCACGGGCCUUGACUCAGCUCCAUCGUUUGUUUUUGUUGGCGACUUCAAUAAUGACAGUAUUGUGGAUAUUCUUUUUGAUUCGCAAUUACAGAAAGCUGUCGUUGUUUAUCCCAGCUACGGCAAUGGAAGCUUUGCUGAUCUGAUCACCUAUCCAACUAGUGCUAUCACGAGUCCAACAUCAGCAGCUGUCGCUGAUUUGAAUCAUGACACUUUGUUGGAUGUUAUCGUUGUCAAUUCAAAUGAUAGUAAUAUAGGUGUUUUUCUAGAUUUUGCAAACGCCAACUUUAUGAGCGCAAUGCCAUUGUCAACUGGAUCGUCUCCGGGGCCCCGUUUUAUCGUUGCUGAUGAUUUUAAUGAAGAUCAUGAGAUGGACUUUGUCGUCGCUAACUAUAUCACCAACAAUGUUGGAAUUUUCUUAGGUGAUGGCCGUGGAAAUUUUCCUUUCCAAAGUCAUUAUUCCACUGGUUCAAUCUCAUCUCCCAUUUCUCUCAGUGUCAAUGAUUUCAAUAACGACCAUCAUCGAGAUAUCGUUGUAGUCAAUUCAGGCACUGAUUCUUUCGGUAUUUUGUAUGGCUAUGGCAAUGGAAGUUUACAAGAACAAACCAGCCAUUCGCUUCCUGCUGGUUCUAACCCAUAUUCAGUCGGUAGUGGAGAUUUCAACAAAGAUAAUCAACAAGAUAUUGUGAUUGCUAAUUAUGGUAGUGACAACGUGGCAGUACUCAUUCAGUUUAAUACGGGAAAUUUUGGAAAACCAGCAUUGUAUUCCACUGGUCCGGGCUCUGAUCCACAUGGGUUUGCUGUUGGAGAUUUUAACAAUGAUAGUCGACUUGAUCUCGUAGUUGCUAACAAUGGGAAUGAACAUCUUGGCAUCUUCUUUGGAAAAGGCAAUGGAACAUUUUCUGAUCAAAUCUUCUACACCCCAAGUAGCUCAUUCCUUCCUGUUUCUGUUGCUACCAGUGACUUCAACGAUGACAACAUGUCAGACGUUGUCGUCGUUGAUAAUGCGAAUCAUAUUGUAUACAUUUUAUUAUCACUUGGAAAUGGAAGUUUCACUGUGUCAAUGGUUUAUGACACCUCAUUUAACACUUGGCCAGAAUCGAUUUCUACUGGCUACUUAAAUAAUGACUCUCAACUAGAUAUCGUUGUUGGUCAAUUUCGUGGUGCACAAAUAUCGGUUUUUCUUGGUCUUGGUAAUGGUAUAUUUUCUGUAUCAAAAGUGUCUACAAACAGUGAUCAAGGCGGACCAAAUUGUGUCAUCAUUGCAGAUCUUGACAAUGAUAAUUGUUCAGAUGUUGUUGCUACCAAACGUGGAGUUCACGUCAUUGAAAUAAUGUAUGGCAUGUGUGAUGGCACAUUCUCUAGACGAAAAACUGUACCAACUCUUCCAGGUGCAUUACCAUCUUCUCUUGAUGUUCGUGAUCUCGAUCAGAACGGAUGGCCCGAUAUCGUUGUUCUCAAUAGUGCAUUGAGUAGUGUAACUGUGAUGUUUGGACAUGCUAACAAUUCUUUUGAUGAUCGAAUGACAAUGUCGACUGGAAAGGAUGCUCAAUCGUCAACAGUUGUUAUUGUCGAUGCUAAUGACGAUGGUCGCGAUGACAUCACAGUUGUGAAUUCGCAAAGCAGUGAAGUUGCUAUUUUCCUCGGUUACGUCAAUAGAACGUUUUUCAGUCAACUCACUUAUUCAACAGGUUAUAACACAUACCCGGUAUCAGCUAUCUUUGCUGAUCUCAAUGACGAUCGUCAACUGGAUAUGGCUGUGUGCAACACUAAAAGUAAUAAUUUUGGUAUACAUUUGAGAUAUUCUGGUAGCAGUUUUGUGAGUUUACCAGCUUAUUCGACUGGAAUAUCUUCUCAACCAAUGUCCGCUGUAAUUGGAGAUUUCAACAAUGACACUCAAUUGGAUGUUGCUGUUGCCAAUUCUGGAGCUGACAACCUGAUGAUUCUUCUCGGAUCCUCAUAUGGGAUAUUCGUCAAUGAACAGAUCUAUUCGACAGGAAACGGUUCUCAUCCAUCUUCGAUUGCGAUUGCUGAUCUGAAUCGAGACAAUUAUUCCGAUAUUGUUGUUGCGAAUACUGGAAACGAUAAUAUCGGCAUAUUUCUCGGCAAAAGUGAUGGUAUGUUUCUCAAUCAAAGCAUCUAUUCAACUGGUCUUCAAUCUCAACCGUCAACCGUACGCAUUGGAGAUUUUAAUAAUGACACCAUGUUAGACAUUGCUGUGGCCAACUAUGGAAGUAAUACAGUUGGCGCUUUCCUUGGAUAUGGUAAUGGAAACUUUUCAAAUCAAAUUCUCUUUUCAAUCGGUUUUAAUUCUCGACCGUUUGCAUUAUCUGUAGCAGAUAUGAAUCGAGAUAAUGUCACGGAUAUUAUCAUCGGAGGCUAUGGCUAUGGAAGCAAAAACAUCAUCAUAAAACUCUGUUAA